AUGGCUGCUAUGCAUCCGCCCUCCCCGAAGUUGGACCGUUAUGUCGUUAUCCAUGUUGCUACCACCUGCGAUGAACAUGGCGUAUACGUCACCAAAGACUCCGCUGAAGUUAUCGAACUGGGCUGGAUAUUGUUGGACGCGGAAAACUGCAAGGAGCUUCAUCGAGAGAGUGUGCUGGUAAAACCAGUCAACACCCCCAUAACUCCCCUAUGCACAAGCCUGACCACCCUCACCUGGGAACAUGUCCGCUCGGCAGGUACUUUUCGGGAUGCCAUCAACCAGUUUGAUGCUUUUGCUCAAGAGCACCUCCUCUCAAAGAAUUUCGAGUUUUCCUUCGUAACUCUGGACUCUUGGGAUAUGCGUGUCCAGCUCCCCCGUGAAGCCAGAGACAAAGCUGUAGUCCUUCCCCCGUACCUGCAACACUCGCGUACUUUUGACCUGCGGACGGAAUAUCAGCGAUGGCAGCAGCACCACCCGGAAUCCCUCCCUUUUGGCCCGAGUGAUCUGGCCAACAUCUGUGCUGCUCUCGAGGUUGAGCCCAUGCAGUCUUCCGCUCCCAUCAAACAUAAUCUUCCCUUCCAUCUCCAGGCCCUGGCUCCUGCCUCGCCAAGGCGUGCCAUGGAGGAGGCAAUCACUCUGGCUCGAGUCCUUCACGGGUUGAUUAGAAAGUCACAGCCGCCCCACGAGCAUCCUGAGAUCCUCACCCGCCCCAUGGAUGCACGAGCUGAUGUCCGUGCCUUUUUGGCUGAACGCAGCAAGGUCCUUCAUAUGAGUGGCCUGCCGCACGACACCACCCAGUCCGAGCUGGAGAGUUGGUAUACCCAGUUUGGAGGCCGUCCAAUUGCUUUUUGGACCUUGAGAACACCUGACCAGCACAAGCCCACUGGAACUGGAUUUGCGGUGUUCUCAUCUCACGAGGAGGCUGCGGAGAGCCUUUGCAUGAACGGUCGUGCUCUCAACGACAAAGCCAUCGAAGUAUCCCCUUCCUCUAGCCGCGUCCUGGAUCAUGCUGCUGAAAUCCUUACCCCAUUCCCUCCCAGUAAGAAUCGUCCCCGCCCUGGUGACUGGACUUGCCCGUCCUGCGGAUUCUCUAAUUUCCAGCGUCGUACUACAUGCUUCCGCUGUUCUUUCCCAGCUGUUGGUACUGGCCCGGACCCAAUGGCAUAUGGAGGCUACGGUUACGGCCCACCAUCGAUGAUGCCCCCACCACAUCAUAUGGGACACCAUGUAGGCCAUGGAGGCCACUCGCGAGGCAUGGGCGGCAACGGCGGCGUUGUCCCAUUCCGAGCUGGUGACUGGAAGUGCGGUGCAGAAGGUUGUGGCUACCAUAAUUUCGCGAAGAACAUCAACUGCCUUCGCUGUGGUGGUCCCCGCUCCGGCGCUGCUGUUGUGGCUGAUUCCGCUUUUCCCUCUCCCAUGGAACCCCCCUCGGGCUUCGGAAUGGGCCCCCCAUCCAUCACUAGCACCCCAGGCCCAGGCCCUUUCGCCUCUAGUGCAGGUGCCUUCGGUGCCUUUGGUGCCUUCGGCCAGCAAUUUGGUGGGCCCCCAAGCACCUAUGCGUUGCCCUCAGGCAUUGGGGCUGCUUCUGGUCCCUACCCUCCAAUGGGUCAAAUGGGCCAAAUGAACCCUCCUUACGGGUCGGCCAACGUAUCCCACUCCGCUGCCUCAUUUGGUAACCCGGCCACCCAGGCUGCUUUCACUAGUGCAGACCACGUCCCCCAGGCUGUUGGAGCCUCCUCCAACGGCAACUUCUAUGGUAAUGAUGGCGCAGCUGAUCCCUUCGCCUUCUUGACCACGGGCCUCGGUGCAUUGGCUGUGGAUGACGGCCGCAGGAACGGUGCUGCUUCUAACAAAUCCCCAGCAUAA